GUGAGAAAUGCGUUAUCCUUUGUAGCGGGAAGGAAAAACCAACGGUUGGAGGAAGCAAUGGUGUUGCUUUGUGCUCCCAAACUUUCUUCCACAAUUUCACUCCAAAAGUUCGUUCCUUUCACUUCUCAUCACAUUUCAACAACACCAUUUACUCCCUCUUUCCUACUCUAUAGACACAGAGUUUCUCUUCUUCCACUUCUCGUGUGUCAUGCUAAGAAGAAAAUCGGUUUUUUUGAUCAAAUUCUUGAUUACAUUGAAGGUGGUCCAAAAUUAAGGAAAUGGUAUGGUGCACCUGAACUCCUUUCAAAAGAUGGUACUUCCACAGAAGAUGAUGAUGUUGAUGAUGAUUAUAAAGAUGAUGAAGUUAGGGAUGCUGUCUUGGUAACAGAUGGAGAUAGUGAGAUGGGUCAGAUGGUGAUAUUGUCAUUGAUUGUGAACAAAUCUCGAGUGAAGGCAUUGGUAAAGGAUAAAAGAGUUGCACUUGAAGCCUUUGGAAGUUAUGUUGAGUCAUUGGCAGGAGAUACAAGCGACAAUCGAUUCCUCAAGAAAGCUCUUAGAGGAGUUCGCACAAUUAUAUGCCCAAACGAGGGUUUUAUUUCAAGUGUUGGGAGCCUUCAAGGUGUAAAGCAUGUGAUCCUAUUAUCACAGUUGUCAGUUUAUAGUGGUAAAAUUGGCAUUCAAUCUAUGAUGAAAAACAAUGCAAAGAAAUUGGCUGAGCAAGAUGAAUCUGUAUUGAAGACCUCAGGAAUUCCUUACACUAUAAUCAGGACAGGUGAAUUACAAGAUACACCUGGUGGGAAUCAAGGCUUUACCUUUGGCAAGUUAUGAACGAAUCGAUUAGUAGGACUAGAAUUCGAACUCAAGCUAGAACAAUCAUUAGCCAGACUUUAUUUAUCAGCUGACCGAACUCAAGAUUAUCAGAGCUUCUUUUCUUUGGAGACCAGUAACACAAAAAACAAAAAGAGAUGUUUCAAAGGACGCCCUCAAUGGUCAACCCUCUUAUUUGUUAACAAGUGCACAGAUGCUAACUGAAGUUUUAGAAGCAUUACCUUAUAUAUGCUGCUUGGGAUCAUCAUGUCAACUUGGAAAUCUCCUAGUCACAACCAACCUAAUAAUUACGCAUUAUUCAUUCGUCUAAUCAUAUUUCAUCAUUUAAAACAUGUUUAUUUGGAAUAUGAUUAGAUGUCGGUGUAAAAUCUGUCUGUUUAUAUUACCAUUAUAAUAAACUCAACAAGAGAAUGCGCUAGUUGUUUAUAAUAAGAUGUUAACGCCUGGUACAAAUA